AUGAUCGUUUCGCAUUUUCUUAAAACAAGAAACCCCUUUCUUUCUAUUACUGUAGGUGUCUCCUUCCAAGUUUCGAAGUUAAAUGCAAAAUUACGCAAUCAUUUAUCAAAUAAAUAUUCUAAUUUGAUGUUCGAACCCUCCUCAAAAAUAAGAGAAGCCUCUCAUGCAGGGAGUUGGUACAUCGGAGAUGGUAAGAUUAUGACUAUCAAUUCAAAGCGAAGCAAUUGGAUGCCCAAUUGAACGACUUCUUAUCAAAAGCCAAAGGAGAAACCAUACCGAACAUAAAAGCCAUCAUCGGACCGUAACUAAUUAAUUAACUUAUGUAGACACGCUGGGUUUUCAUAUUCAGGCCCAACAGCUGCCUUUGCAUAUUAGCACUUGGUUUAAAAAGAAAGGUAAUAGAGUUUCCUAUUUAAAUUAUUCUAGAAUGAGAGUCUUUUUACUUGGACCUUGCCAUCAUACCUACAUCAAAGGAAUAGGGUUAUCUGAACUAGAACAGUACGAGACUCCACUUGGCAACAUUGAGUUGGAUUAACCAAGUAAUUACAUCUGAUGAGAUUUAAGCAAUAAAACAAUUAAGUGCAGAAUUGAAAAAGAAUUAUGUGUUUACAAAUAAGGACAUUGAGGAACAAGAGCACAGUCUAGAGAUGCAUCUCCCCUUUAUUUAUAAGGUAUUUCCAAAAUGCAAACUAAUCCCCAUAAUGGUGGGUGCAACUAGUGAGGAACAAGAUGCUUAAGUGGCAAAUGUUCUCGUCAAAUACUUCGUCGAUCCAAACACUGUGUUUGUCAUAUCAUCAGAUUUCUGUCAUUGGGGAAAGAGGUAGAUAUAUUAUAUUUAUGUAAUCAAUUUAGAUUUCAAUAUACACCUUAUAAUAAAGAACAUGGAGAAAUCCAUUAAUCUAUAGCAUAAUUAGAUGGAUAAGCUAUCAAAUUGAUUGAAUCUCACAAUCUUAAGGAAUUUUAUAAGUAUCUUGAUGAAACAGAGAAUACCAUUUGUGGUAGACAUCCAAUCUGUGUUUUACUAAAUGUAAACUUGAUUUGAUGUUUAGAUAAUUAACCUAAGCAAAUUGCAAUUAAAAACAUAAUUAGCCAGGUAUGCUCAAUCGAGUCAAGUGACAAAACCAAAUGAUUCCUCUGUGAGUUAUGCAGCAUUGGUGACUAGUUUAAUUUGAAUUUAUAUUUAUACAUAUUAAUUAAU